AAACAACAUGACUAGCACAUACACCUUUGACAAGUCAAUACCGAGAUUGAGAUACAAUCCAUCAAGGACUCAGCAUGAUACAUACCCAGCAACCGCAAGCAAAAAGUACCAAGUCAAUACCUUUAUCGACUGGAGUCUAGAAACCCUCCUUAUCCCCAAACAUUCCCAGGCCCACAUUCUGCGAAAAUGGAUCACCUUGAUCCUUGCAGCAAUUGUGCUUGGUUACACCACUGCAUUCAUCCAGCUAAUGUCAAUCAACUUGAAUGAUGCCAAGAUGGGAAUAUGUUUCACCAAGAGUAAUAUGUGGUCGUUACUCAACCCCUAUCUGACAUGUCCUGACAAUGAUUGGUAUAAUUGGCUGAGAAUCUUGUUUAAAGUGUCAGGAGAAGGGUCAAUCCUUAUUAAUUUACCUAUAUACAUAGUGAUUGCCCUUUUAUGGAGCAUUCUUGCUACGUUU